AUCAAAACAGGCCCUUUGCUAUUGCAAUUUUUUUACAGAAUCUCUUUCUCCGACUCGGUCACAGACAAAGUUACAAGACUGUUCUCGAAGCUUCGUAUGAUUGGUUCUGCCAUUCUAUAACCUGCUAAAUCCUCGUGCGGUCACAGCGUCGCCGUAUCUUGUCUGUGCAUCCACCAUUUCCUGGAUUCUUUUGGCAAGGCUUCCUAUUCCGUGGUCUUCUGCUCUCGCAUGUCUCCUGGGAAACUAGUCUAAGCAGCACGCAAUUAUACACGGCUGGGGAAGCUGAUUCUGGCUCACACCUGACAAACAAAGCUCACGUUUAUCCAUCAACGCACUACAGGCUAUGUCCAAGUUAAAAGAAUCAGACACCGCGGAUUAUAUCUCCAGACUCGGUUCAGUAACACCGACAAGAUCUUCCUUGUCGCAAGUCGGGAAGUCGCCAGGCAGAACAGAUGGUAGCCAUAUCCGGGAGGGACUUGGCAGUUUGAAUCGCUGGUCGCAAUCAACUGCAUCUAGCAAAAGUUCGACAGAUUAUUAUCGUCAACUCGACGUUUCUCGAGCGUCUAGAUCACCUUCCCCGUCCGCUGGUCAUGGUGAUCACAGUAACGAUAAUGAGGGCUUAAAUUCUAAGAGUCGCAUGACCCCAGAGACGAGAUCCGAAAUGCUCGAUUAUCCUCAGGAGCUGUCCACAUUGAAUAAUGAUGGCCAAUUGUGCGGGCAUAACCCUUUUCAACCAUCGAUUGCGUCAAGCCAUGACCUUUUGUCACCCUUCUCAGUCGACGUAGCAGCAACAACAUCACGGACGCAUUCGGUAUCUUCGGGAGUCGGUAGAAUUCCUCACAAUUUAUUUAAUAACCCCUGGAUGAAAGAGCACGAUUCUAGAACCGAUGCUGCUCGGGAAACAGCUGGAGGUAUUACCACUCGCCCCAUCUUAGAGGCACACAGUCCACGCGCACAGGGCCCUGAGGCUUCUCUCGAAGAAAGUGGGCCAGACAAUGGCCAGGAGAAGAGGAAGCGGGGCCAGUCACAAAAAGCAAUGCUCUCGAAAGCGCUGCAGAAAGCGAACACGGCGGUUCUUCUAGAUAACGCGGCAAAUUUCGAAGGGGCCAUGGAGGCUUAUAAUGAUGCGUGUCAACUCCUACAUUUGGUAAUGCUGCGGAGUGAUGGAGGAGAAGAUGAGAAGCUAAAGCUCCAAGAAAUACGAGAUACGUAUAUGAUACGAGUCACUGAGCUACAACGGAUGGACUUUUCCUUCCGCGAUUUGGACAGUAAAGCCCUCCCUGAACGCCCGCCUAGCCAGGAAUCGUAUGGCGAAUUAUCUCAUUCAAACCAUGACGACAAGGCCGAAUCAUUAUCCGGGGAGGAAUCUGUCUCUUUGCACCGCAGUUCUCAUGCUCGACCAGUUGAUGUAUUAGAAAGGCUAGCACCAGAUUGGGAUCACCCAGAACGUCAGUCACUAUUGUCCUCGCCUCUAGGUGACGGUGCCCAGAUUGCAGCCGAAUCGUCCAAUUUUAAUAGUCACUCUCAGCCUGGAUCAUUCCGUCAUAUUUCAGGCAGUGAGUCCAUGGGUGCUCUUGCAUCCCCAGAAUCUCUAAUUUCAGGAGUGGAUAUCACAUAUGGUGCUGUCCAAUCUGACCUGUCCUCAUUGAGCAACCAUGAGAGAGAUGUUAAUGAAUCAACGUCCUGGCUCGACACUAUUGAUGAGUCUGGUGCAUCUUCCCCGGCCUCUAUGCACUCAGAAGCUUCAUCAAUAUACUUGCGACGUAGGGGAAACUUUCAUCCUAAUUUUGGUCCUGAGGCCGAGUUUGAUGCUGCCCUUGAUGCUGCCGUGGAGGCUGCGUAUGAUGAAGGUCUAGAGCCAGCGAUGGAGCUGGGAAAUAGCCAUGACAGCAAUGAGAUUGUGGCGAACGCUCGGAGGAACGUUGAAAUGGCGAAGCAGAAAGUAAGGGAAGCCGAACGGGAGGCUCAGUUAACAUUGGCACGUGGACAAGAAAUGCGGCGUAUACAAGAACAGACAGCGCUCGACAGUGUCAGUCGGCCUGAGACAGAAUAUCUUGAUGAAGAAGCGGAAGAAGAGGAGCGCUUGCUAGAGGAAAUGACUCGAGGCUAUGUCAUGGAUGACUUUGAAUUCGGUAUACAGUCAAAGUCUGCUCUUCCCCGCCAGUCAGGUUCGAGCAGCCUUCCCGGCAAGAUCUGGGAGAGCUUGAGUACCUCCAACACCAUGACGGCUUCUGCAACUUUAUCUUCCCUAACGGAGAAUGGGAUCCUGUGCCUAGCCGAUGAAAAAGCCCCCGAGCCUAGCGGGUCACCCUUUUUAACAUGUGACACUCUCUCGGUUUCGACGAAGCCAGCGCUUGGUCCGAUAUCAACGCCAAGUGUACGAGCACGAAGGUUGUCUAGUCAAUAUACUACGGAACUGAAGAUCGAAACAAAUGCGGACCCGCUAAGUCUCCGGCCUCCGCCAGUCCCGAAAGAUGACACAGCGUCAAGCUCUUCUGGUUUCCAUCAAUCGAGCAGGACAUCGGGUUCUGCUUCUGCUCUACGGUCAGCCAGCCACCCCAAAAAAAGGAAUGUCUCAAUUGGGUCGUUUAACGAGGAUGCUUUGGGUAACGCGAGUCUGGAGCGGGUCUUUUAUCACGACGAUAGCGGCCAUGGGCUGCCGAAACUUCCAUCUCCGACCCAACCCAUCGGUAAAGUGCCUUCAGCACCGGACAACCUGGGCAAGUUAAAUACAGGCCAAGCAUCUUUCCGGAUGAGAAAUGUAUCAGUCUCGGGUCCGGAACCGUUCGCCGAGUCUCCAAAUACUCCGUCGAGCAAUGCGUUCCCUGGUUUUGAUACCCACAAAGGACCGAUGACUGCUUCGAUACCGGUCAUGCCUACACCAACCGCUAGUAAUAUAUCUGCCAAUGGCUUGCCCAGUGGAGGACUCAACUUAUUUGAUAGCCAUAUACAUUCGCCCACUAGUCCUGGAUCCCCUAACCUGAUGGCAGCUGAUGCUCCUCUUCCAUUGGAACCAUGUCCCGAAUCGUUCCUCCUGCGGCCAUUUUGGCUAAUGCGAUGUAUUUAUCAGACAAUUUCCCACCCCCGUGGUGGCUAUCUGUCGACGAAACUGUUUAUCCCACGAGACGUGUGGCGCGUUAAGAAUGUGAAGAUCAAGGCAGUCGAAGAAAAAGUUUCGAAUUGCGAUUUACUAACAGCCGCAUUACUGAAGCUGGCGAAGGUUGACACUUACGAUGCUGAUGCUGUUUUGGAGGAGAUGCAAUCCUUGGAGGGGGUUCUUGACCAGGUGCAGAUGUCGCUGUCCAAGAAAAUAGGUAGCGAGGUUGGAGUGCAGGGAGCGAUGCCGCUCUUCAAAUCCGCUCAAGCUUUUGAUGACGCGGCAACUCUAGAUGCACUGCCAUCUAAGCCUUCCAAUGGGCCGAGCAAAUCUUAUCUGACUUCCUGGCGCAAGCUACGUUCCAAGAAUUCUGGGCUUAGUGCUACGGCCUCCUUCCCUACAUCGAAGGAUCCCGGUAAAGACAAUUUGACAAUCAAUACCAUCCCGAUGACGUCUAUACCGGCUUCACAGCCUUUGAGGCGUAGUGCGUCCCAGUUGCAAUACAAUGGGCCCAAUAAUUAUAUGGGAGCUCUAGCACGGCUUUGCGAUGCGGCUCAAGUUUUGGGUAAGUGCAAUCGAUCCAUACUUUGAAAUCACUUCAGCAGAACUGAUUUCAUCUUUCCAGACCAAAUUGCUCAACAGGUUGAAGAUCCGGGCCUCAAGCACUCGUCCCCGACAUUAGUGGGCCUGGAAUUGAGCACUCGCCAUGCUGCAGAGUUCUUCGGACUCUACGUGUGCCGGUUUGCUCUGAACGACAUUGGCAUGAUGCUUGAUAAAUUCAUAAAACGAGGCAGUGAGUGGGUACUGAUAUGACGACAUAGUCUUCGCCAUAUA